AUGGAUAAACCUGAGUUAUAUAAUGGUUAUGAUGAACUUAGCUCUUACCUUAAAGAGCAGAAGAAUUUGUCUUAUCGCGGUUUUCUGCUUCUCCACCAAGAUGUAAUUGUCCAUUCAUCACCAAUAUUGGACAAUUGGAAUCGUAUGGAUGCUGUAUGGGCCAAACGAUAUUUGAAAGAAGCAAAAGAGUUAUAUCCAAAUGAUUUUGCAGAUAUAAGGGAAAAGGUAAAAUUUGAGCGAGAUGGCAAUGGUUUGAGUGCAUACUGGAAGAAAGUGAUUAAUGAGCGUAAGAAGAAGCCUUUAAUGGAAGCUACAAAUGAUAUUUAUUAA